CCCGCCCUGAAGGAAAAAUAUGAUCCCACAAACCCUAAGAUGAAUCCUCUCAACCCGCAAGGUCUUAAACCAUGUUGCGCCUGCCCAGAAACGAAAUCUGCUCGCGAUGCUUGUUUUCUCCAGAAUGGCAGCGAAGAAGGCAAAUGCGCUGAGCUACUCCAGAAGCAUGUUGAAUGCAUGCGAGGACUCGGAUUCAACAUCUAG